CUUUCCAUGGAGCAGACACAGGACUUGUUGCUCUGAAAGUGGAAGUCAUUCCAUGUCGUGGUGUUGAGUUUGUUGCAGUCUCUGUAUGCAGUUUGUCUCCAGUUCAAAGUAGAAAAGAUGAAUAAGGUGAUUUUGGUGACGGGAGCAAACAGCGGGAUCGGCCUGGCGCUGUGUGAGCGUCUCCUGUCUCAGGACACAGAGAGUCUGCAGCUGUGUCUGGCCUGCAGGAACAUGCGGCGAGCUCAGGCCGCUCGCUCUGCCCUCCUCGCCUCUCACCCCGCAGCUCAGGUGGCCCUGCUGCAGCUGGACACCAGCAGCAUCUCCUCAGUCAUGGCUGCUGCACAGGAGGUCAAACUCAGGUACAACCGGCUGGACUACCUCUACCUGAACGCAGGCAUCAUGCCAAACCCGCAGUUUGAUGUCAAAGCCUUUUUCAAAGGCCUCUUCUCCAGCCGUGUCGUCGCCAUGUUUGCCACCGCUGAGGGGAUCCUGACGCAGAAGGACGGCAUCACCCCUGACGGCCUGCAAGAAGUUUUUGCAACGAACCUCUUUGGUCACUUCCUACUCAUCCGGGAGCUGGAACCUGUUCUGUGCCAUGCAAGCCAGACCUCCCAGCUGAUCUGGACCUCCUCCAGUAACGCUCACCGCUCAGCUUUUAACCUUGAAGACAUACAGCACCAGGGAGGCACCCAACCCUACAGCUCCUCCAAAUAUGCCUCCGACCUGCUCAGCCUGGCGCUCAACACACACUACAACAAGCAGGGUUUGUUCUCAUCUGUCAUUUGUCCUGGUUUCGUGAUGACCAAUCUGACCUAUGGUAUCCUGCCCUCCUUCCCAGCCUUCCUCUGGACUGUGCUUAUGCCCAUCUUUUGGUUUAUAAGAAUGUUCACCAACACUUUCACCCUGACACCUCACAACGGAGCUGAAGCCCUGUUCUGGUUAUUUAAGCAAAAGCCUGAAUCACUGGACCCUCAAGCCAAGUACCACAGUUUAACAUCCUGGCUGGGUAACAACUACACACAACCACGUAAGAUGGAUAUCGACCUGGAAACAUCUGAGGCUUUGUACGAGAAAUUACUGCAAAUGGAAAGUGAAGUGAGAAAGACCCUGGGGGAAAAACAGAAAAAAUCCCAACAUGCCCUUGGAUCAUCUUGACACACUUCUGGGAUGGGAAAUGGAGAGUAUUUUGUUCCUGUGUGCACUGGCAGCAUCCGCACACUCACUGUCACACACUCCGCUGCCUUGCACAACAUGCAAGCCUGAAUUCAAAGUUACAGCAACGCCAUAAGCACUGAAAGUUUGAUUUCCUGUUUCCAUCUUUAAUAUCUUGAAUGAAAAUGUCAGUUAUAGGACGAAGGACCAGAAUUAUGUAUGUUGAGAUGGUUUCGUAAAAGAGUUGACAAUAAAACUGAGCAUUGCCUGUUUUCAUCCACUUUAUCCAAGAAUGAUAAUGAGGAGAGCAUUGAAAACACACAGGUCACCAUCUGCUCAGCCUAAGAGAUCCAGGAUCGACUACUUCCAAUCUGGUUGUUAAUUCCAAGAUCCUCACGGCAAAAAGCAUUGCAGUCCGCCAGCAGACUAUCGGUAUCAUCCCAGAAGUUAACAUAAGUGGUCUGUGUGAGCCCCUGUGCGGUGUACGGCGGCGCUGGUACCUGCGCACAGGCGCACCUGAAAUGCCGCUCUGGAGGAUUUGGGGCGCAAAGCGAGCGGUCGUCCCCGUGUUCCACCGCCUGUUUCCCGGCCCCGCACUCCUCCUCUGCUCCGCUCAGCUUCGGGUUGCAAAAAGCCCACACCAUGCCGCAGAAAUAGACGAAAAACGUGCCCAUGACCAUAACCAUGAGCGCGUAGGACUCUAUCAUGGCUUUGGUGACUGGAGAUGUCAUCUUUUGGAUGCGCGGGGAUGAUAAUCGUUCCCAAAGUGUGUUCAGGACAGGAGGGAGUCUCGGAGUGCGACUGGCAUCAUCCUGUGGGCUGGACCACUUCAGCACCGCUCAGUUCAGUAACGUGAGACGGAGACCAGCAGGAAAUAAUUGAUUGCUUUGUCACCUCUCUCCUUGGACUGACUUUACAGUGUCAGUGGGCCUCGGAAAGAAAUAGAACAAAUUCAGACUGUAGGUGAAAUAAACCAUUUUGAUAUUACUGUACAAAAUGAACAUUAGGGGCACUCCUACUUAACUUGAAUUAAACGUAAUUAAACUUUCCUUAAUAUGUUAUUAUAAAUCUUAAUUCCAGUGAUAUCCAACUGAUAAGUAAAGUGUCAGAGUAAAGGGAUUGCCUCAUAUUGCUCAUAUGUAAUUAUCAGAUUGUUAAUAUUACCCUGGCACUGCAUGGAAUGAUUGUGUGUUCCCCUUUCGAAGGAACCAGAAAUGUGUGUAACAUCUAUCUGAUGUCCAGUAGCUUCUUUAUAGAGCGCUGUUUGGAGGAAAAGUCCAGUGUAAAGCUGGGAGCAAACGAGUAGACCUUUAAUAUCCUAGGCAACGGAAAUCUGCCCGUCAUCUAAUUUAAACAUUAAGGCCUUAAAAAUGAGACACAGCACAUGAUUACUUAUUGCAUAAUUAUAUCUUCUGCAGCACUAACGUAGCCUACAGACCCCUGGUUAACAACUUAAAGGUUGACUUUUUAUCCUGCUUGUGUCUGGUUGUAUGUGCGUUAGUACAUUAAUAAUUAAACUUUAAUGUCACGUUUGUAUUCAUCAUUCAUGCAAACAGAGCUUCAUGUGUCCAUUUGUCUCCCCGACAACCUCCCAGGUCAGCGCUCCCUGACAGGCUCAUCAGCAGGCAGCUGGGUUUGACUUUCCUUAUAAGGUCAAACACCAGAAUCCACAGCUCCCAAAAUACCUUCAGCGAUCAAUGAGACUUUAGUGUCUUUUUUGUUGGGUUUCAUGCUUGAAUAAUUUAGACCAAGUAUUAUUUCCCUAAAGGUCUCCUUCACAACACAAGCGUACAGUAUGCAGUAUUUUUGCUAUAGGCUAUAAAAAAGCUCUGAAUUUCGUCAAAGACAACAAGAAAUGUCUUCAUCUAAUCCAAUAAUUUAUCUUCACUGUAUGAGUAAGCACUGAAAACUUAUCAGGAUGUCUAUGUGUAUUUACGUGUAUUUGUAUUUAUAAGUUGCUUUUCCUGACUUUUUAUGAUCAAAAUUGUAGAUCACAUCCACUCUGCAAAGCACAAACCUUGACUGUGAAUAAACCACAAAGAAUUUAUUAUUUUAUUGUAGCAACGAUAUCAGAGGCUCCAAUUUCCUUUGCCUUGGAAGGCCAAAACUAAAUUUUGCAUUUUAAUGUGUCAUAUUAUUAAGAUGCAAAAUAUUACUAGGAUCGUAUCACUCUGCACAGACUAUGAAAAAUAUCAAUAAUAAUAAUUCAGGAUCCUACAUAUUCAAAGAGCAUUUUAACCUCUCAAAAGAUAAAACAGCAUAAGUAUUGUUAUAUUUCUUAAUUACUCUUGAAUCAUCUUUUGUUUGAGCCUUCGGACGGGCCAGCGUCGGCCUGCAGGCCCAGAACUAUAUGAUCUUUACAGCACAGCUACACACAGGAAAUUCAAAUAAUCAUAUUAAUGAUCAUUUCAGUCAUUAGUGACUGAAUCCUGAGUUUGAGCAGCUCCUUCCAGGGCAACACUAUGAAUAUCCCAGGCAAAGACAAAGCUCUACAAGGGUUCUGUUACUGCAAAUAUAAGUGAUGUGGUCGACCAACUGGUAAACUUGAAUAAGGGAAUAUAAGCUGUGCACCAUGGGAACAAAUUUACUGAUUUUUGAUCUCUUAAUGUGGUGUGGUUUUUUUCUCCUCUGGACAUGAUUGUGUUUGUAUUUUCAUGGAUGAGACUAAACACAGUUUACUGCUUCGGCCGGACAAUAAAGUUUAUUCUGUUCUAGUGUGCUACCACAGUAUUGUCAACUCAUCUUCCUUUGUUUCAGCAUCAAGCGGAUCAUGUAGCUGAGAUGUCUUUCGACCAAAGUGUUGAGCCUGUGGCCUUGCAUUUAAAGACACAACGUGCACAGAACCACAAGCUAUGCAAAAUGAUUUUUACUACUGUGAGGAGUGGCGCUAACCUCAUGUCUGUGAAAUACUGUACAUACAACACAGCGUUUAAAAGUGCCUGGGGCUCAGUGUGGCGUAAAUACUCAUCCUGAGCCUGAUUUAAAAGCUAGUCUGUCAGUGCGGAUUGAUGAUGAUGACUGUAUGAGUAAUUACUUAAUUACAGUUUGACCUUCCCUCAUGUCUUGACUUCUUCUAAACCAAAAUCUACUUGCCAGAAACAGAUGCACCUGCUAUCUCCUUUUUUGCCUUUUGCAAAGUUAUCAUUAGAGUGGAAGGGCUGUUGAAGUAGUUCAGCCUUCUUUAAUAUAUAUAUUAAAAAAAAGAAAAGCUUACAUGACACUGUGGCCAGCAAUCAUGAAGUCUGAGAAGGUUUUUUUCUGAGAAGUCAAAACAAGAGCUCAGAGUGUGUUUGAGGGCACCCAUGCUUGGCUUUACAGAGGCUAGCAUCACCGGAAACAGUAUAACUGGGUACUGUAGUUC